AUGAUGCUGUCAAAAUUGAUUGUCAAAUUUACUUCAAAUAAAUAAAUCUAUAAUUUUAAUGGCUUAAAAAUCGCAUAAAAUACGACUUAUUUAUUAAAUCGACCUUUAUUUUAGUAAAUAAACAAUGGCUUCUGCCGUGGACACAUUAAAUAAUGACAAUUGGAUCGAAUUUUGCCAACGACACGCAACGGUAGCCGCUCAGGAUUUCUCCAAAAGUUGUUUUCAAUUCAUCUCUGUGAAUCUGUCCGAAAAUGCGCGCUCAAAUCUAACACAAAAAGACUUCCUAAAGAAAUUCAUCGAAUGCUUCAGCGAGCAAUUCGAAACGGACUUCGUCAAACGCAAACCGCAUGGGCAUAAAUUGGUAAACGGCGGCACGAUACACGCCGAGGAGCCGAACGAUUCCGUCUCAGAAAACGGCGAGACCUCGCCGAAAUUGCAUCACAAGCCCUUCUUUCGCAGGCUAAGUUUCAAAAUGUUACGGAAAGGCAAAGACCUGUUUCACAAGCAGCACUCCGACGAACUAGAACUAAGCGGCAGCCAUAGCAAAACGAAGCUGGCAAAAAUCGUAGUCGAAUGCCGCAAGGAGGGCAUCGUUAACUAUUCGACGCCGGAGAGCCUCGAUCAGCCGGGUGGGCCGCCUAAAUGGGAACGGUGCCGGUUGGCCUUGGUCAAGGCGGUCGGCGGUUAUAUGCUCGAGUUUUAUUCCCCGCCGAAAAGUACAAAGCCCAGAAGCGGUGUUUUUUGUGCGCUGAUAACCGAAGCGCGAGAAACGACUGCGCUCGAAAUGCCGGACCACGAGAACACAUUUGUACUGAAGGCGGUCAAUAAUAUGGAAUUUGUUAUUGAGGCGCACGAUACGGACGAUAUGAGGUCGUGGUUGGCUACCAUACGGUACUGCAUACGGUCGGCGCCCGGCCCCGACGGUGCCCACAUGGACGCGGGCAAGCCCGAUUAUCACGGCGACGCGCCCGAGCUGCCCCCUCGACACAUCGCCGGCAAUCGAAGCGGAGAUCGAUUAUCGUCCAAUAGUAAUUUCGAUAUUUGCCUUCAGGGCGAGGACGGUUUCGAGAAGGACAUCGGGCUGACGCUGAAGAAGGAGUUCUGGUUUCACGGCACGUUGGGACGGUCGGAGGCGGCGCAACUUGUCCUGCACGAGGGGGUGGCAGGUCACGGUUUAUUUUUAGUGAGGCAAAGCGAGACGAGGACGGGCGAGUUCGUACUCACAUUUAACUUCCAGGGGCGGGCGAAGCAUCUACGAAUGACAAUAAACGAGCAGGGCCAGUGCCGCGUUCAGCACUUCUGGUUCCAGUCGAUCUACGAGAUGCUCGAGCACUUCCGCCAGCAGCCGAUACCGCUCGAGAGCGGCGGCAACUCGGACGUCACCCUAACGGAUUACGUCGUCAAUCCGAAUGCACGCAGCCAACUGCAGGGCUCCGUAGGGCGGGGACAGGGCGGCGGCGCCGCCGUCGACAGUAGGCGGGUGGCCGCGCUUCCAGAAGCCAGACAAAUACAGACGCACAAUGGCAGUGUGCGAACGCAGGAGACGACUCUGGAGCAAAUUAACGAGGCGUCAAAUCGGGCGAUCGAGAACCAGUACAGUUUCGUUUAAUUGUUUAGAUGUACGAUUGUAUUUAAUGUAUUUUAAG